AUGAUCGCCCGAGUCUCCGCCAUUCUCGCCAUCCUUUUCGUCGCCGCCAACGCCGGAUUCUUCGAUGAUAUCAGCGGUGAGUACGGUAACCGGGGAUGUCUUUUUCCAAAAGAAAGUGUUCUGAAACCGACCAACUACGUCACAAUCCCGAUUCCCAGGCUCCUUGAGAAUGACCAGCCCGUUUCCCCUUUUCUUUCCGUCGGCUCAUCCUCGAUUCGGUUUCAUAUUUCAAAGUGGCGCCGAUCCGGAAAGCGGCUCUCGAGCUCUCUGAUCGGCUUAUCCUAAUUCUCUCUGAUUCUGGCUAUUCAUGUAUGACUGGAUUAUAUACAAAAAAGGAUGAUGACGUGGCAAGGGAAAUGGAGAAAAGAAGGGCCAUCAAUCUUUGACUGUGACUAAGCAAGAUUCAUGAGCUAUUGCCGCUUAGAUCUUCCAAAUAGAUAGUCGGCCCGGCCUACUUGAAAAUUCGUAGCGGCUAGCUAAUUCAUCAAACCGCUCGACUCCCCUCACCCAAUUUAGCGUCCAAUCAAUCAGCCAAUGUCGGUCCCAAUGAAUGCGAAAUGAGGACUCUCUCUCUCUCUUUUCCAGGCGCCACCUCGGACGUCGGCAAGUUCUUCGGCGAGAAGUUCCAAAACGCCAAAGAUCUGUUCUCGAACAACCAGAGCGAGCUGGAGAACAACGUGCAGAGAGUGAAGGACCUGCUGAUCGGACUCAAGGAAAAGGUGCACGCGUUGGAGCCGCUGGCGAGCGAUGCUCAGAAGGAGACGCUCAAGAAGGUCGACUCGUUCCUCUCACAAGUCACCGACUUCCAGAAGGAGGUAAGUGCCCCAUUCCCCAUUCUCCCCCCGGGCCGCCCAAUUAUUUUCAUUGUCCUUGGUGCGCGUGCCAAGGUGACGAAACAUCUGUGGGCGCCCCGAUCAUUCAAGAAAGGGAACUGGAUUGGCAAAGGUCACGCAAACAGGCAAAUGCGAGAAUUGGGGAGACAACGGUCAACAGAAGACGGAAGCAAGUGUCAUGUGGGGGGUUACUGUAGAUGGAUGCGGGUUGCCAAAUGGCCUGAAGCACUUUCCAUGGGCUGCGCAAACGUUGGCCCAGGCUUUAGUGUAUUUGCAAUAAUCGGAUCGGGCCCAAGCUUGGAGUGGAGUAUCUUUGGACCAAGUUUCAGACCGAUCGGAUUAUCUGGUCCGUAGAUAUACUAAUUUGUUGUCGAAAACACCGAGAUUUUCGGUCUCCCAUCUUUAUAUCUCCGGGCCAGAUAUCGGCCUGAAACUUGGACCCAAGAUACUUCAAUCCAAGCAUAAGAAGCCUGCUCCAACCCGAACCCACCGGAGCUCUCCCAGAGCACGUGCUUCCUCUUCUAUUUUCGCUCCCGAUGGCUCCAUUAUUCUGUCACCAAUGCGCCGCGCCGUUUCCCUUCCCGAACACGACAAUUACCCCCUCACUCUCCCACCGAUCGAGUUGUUUUGUUUUCGAGAGAGAGAGAGAGAGGACCUAACCACUCCCAUUUUAUAUUUUCGACUGACCGAAUACGCCGAAACUGGUUUAGCAACCACCCGUUUUAUUUGAAAUCGGGAAGUUGAGAGUCACGAGGGGAUCUCACUCGAGCGCACUUCCUUCAUUUCGUGGUUUGCAGGUGAAGGAGGAGGGAUCCGCCAAAUUCGAGGAGAAUAAGGGCAAGUGGGAGGAGAAGGUGACCGAGAUCUUCGACAAGGGCGGCCUUUCGUCGGUGCUCAAGCUCGUCGGACUCCAAAACGCUUCGCCGAUCGCUCAAUUCAUCUCGGUCGUCGCUGCUCCAAUCUUCUACAUGAUCUUCGUUCGCUAA